AUGAGGAGUAAAGGGACACUUACGCUAGUAGGUCGGGACAUGAUCUGGCGAGAGGUGAAUACCCACCUAGAGGAUGCGUUUGACGCCGAUGGAGACGAUAGCGAGGAUGAAGCCGACGACCGACAACGGCUUGUGCGAAACAAUAGUACUCCCACCGAACCUCCCGCCCCGCGACGAAGCGCAGACGAAGCGCCCCCGAGAACAGGAAGGAACGGAUACCAAUCAGUCCCACAAGUAGCGGCAGGAAGUCAGUCGGGUAGGGUCUAUGGUGGUGGUUCCCAGGGAGAUGGAGUCUUUUCGAAUAUGUCCGCCAAGCCGGAACGGAAUGAUGGCGAGAAGGAAGAGCAACCACCGUCUUAUGAACAAGCGGCGGCAGACCAGGCGCCGCCAUAUUGGGAGACAACAAUUCUUGCACCGGGCCUCGGCGGACCAGACGAUGUCUUUAUCGAUGGGCUACCAGUCGGAUCAUUCUUCAGCUUCCUUUGGAAUGCUUUAGUCUCUUGGUCAUUCCAGAUUGUCGGGUUCCUCCUCACAUACCUAUUACAUUCCUCCCACGCCGCCAAAAACGGCUCCCGCGCCGGUCUUGGUAUCACCCUCAUACAAUUCGGUUUCGGUAUCAGGGGCUCAUCUGGCCCCUCAAACCCUUCGGGAUCUAUGGCAGGGCCAGAUGGUUAUGCGAUGCCCCCGGAUCCAAAUUCCCACGACUUUGAUCCCGACGACGUUACGAACGGCGACGACGGUUUGGCCAUCACCGGUUCAGAGUGGCUCUCAUAUCUCCUGAUGGUAGUGGGAUGGUUUAUCAUAAUCAAAUCGAUCAGCGAGUAUCUACACGCGAGACGGCACGAACAACUCGUCCUUCAAAGUCCCGAUCGAGGCCUUGGGGUCCCUAUCGUUGCUGAAGGAGAGUCUCCUGAGCGGGUCGUGUAA